AUGAGCGGGAGCGGAGCGGCUCCCGGCCCGGGCUCGGGCUCGGGCUCGGGCUCCGGCUCCUCCUCGGCAGCCUGCCGCUUCGCGCACUACUUCGUGCUGUGCGGAAUCGACGCAGACAGCGGGCUGGAACCCGACGAGCUGGCGGUUUUGUACCAAUGGCUAGAAGCAGAUCGUCAUAGCAAGAGCCAAGAAGCUACAAAUACGACUUCAGGUGAAAAUUUUGACCAGAGUCCUUUGAGAAGAACAUUCAAAUCCAAAGUUCUGGCCCACUACCCUCAGAAUAUAGAAUGGAAUCCCUUUGAUCAAGAUGCAGUGAAUAUGUUAUGCAUGCCUAAAGGGCUGUCAUUCAGAACCCAAACUGAAAGUAAAGACCCUCAGUUUCACUCAUUUAUAAUUACCCGGGAAGAUGGUUCUCGCACCUACGGUUUUGUUCUCACUUUUUAUGAAGAAGUUACAAGUAAGCAAAUCUGCACAGCAAUGCAGACACUCUACCAGAUGCACAACGCUGAGCAAUACAGCAGUGUUUAUGCUUCAUCCUCAUGCAGCAUGGACUCACUGGCAAGCAGCAUUGAUGAGGGCGAUACAACUUCCCUUUUGAAACUCCAGCGAUACAACUCCUAUGAUAUCAACAGAGAUACCCUGUAUGUUUCAAAAAGUAUAUGCUUGAUCACACCACUACCUUUUAUGCAGGCCUGCAAGAAAUUCCUCAUCCAACUUUACAGGGCAGUUACCUCACAGCAGCCACCACCCUUGCCGCUUGAGAGCUACAUCCAUAAUAUUCUUUAUGAAGUACCUCUUCCACCUCCAGGGAGAUCACUGAAAUUUUAUGGUGUUUAUGAACCUGUCAUCUGCCAGAGGCCUGGGACCAAUGAACUCCCCCUCUCUGACUACCCUCUUCAUGAGGCUUUUGAGCUCCUGGGAUUAGAGAACCUGGUGCAGGUAUUUACCUGUGUUCUUUUAGAAAUGCAGAUCCUUCUCUACUCACAAGAUUAUCAACGCCUGAUGACUGUGGCAGAAGGCAUCACCACACUUUUGUUCCCAUUUCAGUGGCAGCAUGUUUAUGUGCCCAUCCUUCCUGCUUCUCUGCUACAUUUUCUUGAUGCUCCUGUACCUUAUCUGAUGGGUCUUCAGUCAAAAGAAGGAACUGACCGUUCUAAACUAGAACUUCCUCAAGAGGCUAAUUUGUGCUUUGUGGACAUUGACAACCAUUUUAUUGAAUUGCCCGAAGAAUUUCCACAGUUCCCCAAUAAAGUGGAUUUUAUCCAGGAGCUCUCUGAAGUUCUUCUUCAAUUUGGGAUUCCUCCUGAGGGCAGCUUACAUUGCAGUGAGAGUGCCACCAAACUGAAGAAUCUGGUUCUGAAAGAUUUGGUCAAUGACAAGAAGAAUGGCAAUGUCUCCACUAAUAAUAUCAGCAUGUAUGAGUUAUUGAAGGGCAAUGAAACCAUAGCCCGCUUGCAGGCUCUGGCCAAGAGGACUGGUGUGACUGUGGAAAAAAUGGACCUGUCUGCUUCUCUGGGUGAAAAAGAAAAGGAUUUAAAACUGCAGUGUGAAGAGGCAGAACUGAGGGACUACCAGCUGAAUGUACAGCUGAGAGAGGUCUUUGCUAACCGCUUUACACAGAUGUUUGCUGAUUAUGAAGCAUUUGUGAUUCAAACUGCCCAGGACAUGGAAUCCUGGCUGACCAACCGGGAACAGAUGCAGAACUUUGACAAAGCUUCUUUCCUUUCUGACCAACCUGAGCCUUAUCUGCCAUUUCUUUCACGCUUCAUUGAAACACAGAUGUUUGCCACCUUUAUUGAUAACAAAAUUAUGUCUCAGUGGGAAGAGAAAGAUCCUUUGCUUCGAGUCUUUGAUUCUCGGAUUGAGAAGAUAAGAUUGUACAAUGGAAGGGCACCCACCUUACGGACAUCUAUAUAUCAGAAAUGCAGCACUUUAAAAGAAGCAGCCCAAUCAAUUGAGCAAAGACUGAUGAAAAUGGAUCACACUGCAAUCCACCCACAUCUACUUGAUAUGAAAAUUGGUCAAGGCAAAUAUGAGCAAGGGUUCUUUCCAAAGUUACAGUCUGAUGUCUUGGCAACAGGACCAACCAAUAACAAUCGCUGGGUAAGUCGGAGCGCCACCACACAGCGCAGGAAAGAGCGCCUUCGCCAGCAUUCCGAGCACAUUGGACUGGACAACGACUUGAGGGAGAAAUACAUGCAAGAGGCACGAAGUUUAGGAAAAAAUCUGAGGCAGCCCAAAUUGUCAGACCUUUCUCCUGCAGUGAUUGCACAGACCAACUGGAAAUUUGUAGAAGGCUUAUUAAAAGAAUGUAGAAUGAAGACAAAACGCAUGUUGGUAGAAAAGAUGGGACAUGAAGCAGUGGAGCUGGGCCAUGGAGAAGCAAACAUCACUGGCUUGGAAGAGAAUACCUUGAUUGCCAGCCUCUGUGACCUACUAGAGAGGAUAUGGAGCCAUGGCCUACAGGUCAAACAGGGGAAGUCAGCUUUGUGGUCACAUUUAAUUCAAUUUCAAGACAGAGAAGAAAAACAAGAGCACCUUGCAGAAUCACCAGUUGCCCUGGGACCAGAAAGAAGAAAAUCUGAUUCAGGAGUUAUGUUACCAACACUCAGGGUCUCUCUCAUCCAAGAUAUGAGGCAUAUUCAAAACAUGAGUGAGAUCAAAACUGAUGUUGGACGAGCUCGGGCAUGGAUAAGAUUAUCUCUAGAGAAGAAGCUUUUGUCCCAGCAUCUCAAGCAGUUGCUCUCUAACCAACCACUUACCAAGAAGCUUUAUAAGCGCUAUGCUUUUCUACGUUGUGAAGAAGAAAGAGAGCAGUUUCUUUACCAUCUUCUUUCCCUCAAUGCUGUGGACUAUUUCUGCUUCACCAGUGUGUUCACCACUAUCAUGAUUCCGUACAGGUCAGUGAUCAUCCCAAUCAAAAAGCUGAGCAAUGCAAUCAUCACAUCAAACCCCUGGAUCUGUGUAUCAGGAGAGCUGGGAGACACAGGAAUAAUGCAGAUUCCCAAAAACCUCCUUGAGAUGACUUUUGAGUGCCAGAACUUGGGGAAGCUCACCACUGUUCAAAUUGGUCACGAUAACUCAGGACUAUUAGCCAAAUGGCUAGUGGAUUGUGUCAUGGUCAGAAAUGAAAUUACAGGACAUACAUAUAGAUUCCCAUGUGGGCGGUGGCUAGGGAAAGGCAUUGAUGAUGGGAGCCUGGAGAGAAUUCUUAUUGGAGAAUUGAUGACAUCAGCAUCAGAUGAGGACCUGGUAAAACAGUGUCGGACUCCACCCCAGCAGAAAUCACCCACCACAGCUAGGAGACUGAGCAUCACUUCCCUAACAGGAAAAACUGCCAAACCCAAUGCUGGACAGAUCCAAGAAGGAAUUGGAGAAGCUGUGAACAAUAUUGUGAAACAUUUUCAUAAACCUGAAAAAGAGAGAGGAAGCCUCACGGUUUUGCUUUGUGGAGAAAAUGGCCUGGUUGCAGCACUUGAACAAGUCUUCCACCAUGGGUUCAAAUCCGCCCGAAUCUUUCACAAGAAUGUCUUCAUCUGGGAUUUCGUAGAGAAAGCGGUUACCUAUUUUGAAACCCUAGACCAGAUUCUGGACAAUGAAGAUGAUGUUCUUAUCCACAAAUCAUCCUGUAAAACAUUCUGCCACUAUGUAAAUGCUAUUAAUACUGCACCCAGAAACAUUGGGAAGGAUGGCAAAUUCCAGAUUUUAGUUUGCCUUGGAACACGAGAUCACCUGCUGCCUCAGUGGAUUCCAUUGUUAGCUGAGUGUCCUGCCAUCACUCGAAUGUAUGAGGAGAGUGCACUUCUGCGAGAUCGCAUGACCGUCAACUCCCUCAUCCGAAUUCUGCAAACAAUUCAGGACUUCACCAUAGUAUUGGAAGGAUCACUCAUCAAAGGAGUGGAUGUGUAAACCAACUGUCCAGAAAUUCUCAGUCCAAACCUCUGAAUUCUGAACCUUCUCCCAACUAUGGGGACAGACUUAGACUUGUCUGACAGUAGUGAGUCACGCAGGGGUCAACCCAGUGUAUGUCCCAAUUUGAAGGAUCUUUACUCUGCAGACAAGGCAAUGCUGUAUUGUAGUUCAUUUGAACCUGGAAUUUAGUAUAAAAUAGAGUAUUUUCAUGUGUUAGAUGUGUGUAAAUAUGCUAUCUUCUUUAAGAAAUUAUAUUACUCUAAUAAGAUACUUUUCUUAGAUUGAAAAUUCCUGUGAUUUAAAAUAAGUAGUUUAAAAAUGUUGGGGGUUAGGGGGAAGAGUGGUGCUAGUCAGGAAGAAGCCAGUAAACAUGUAAAUAUGGUGCAACCCUGUUGGGCUUUUUUUUUUUCUCCUGUAGGUAUCACAAAGGAACCCAGAAUGCAUUGUAUGUGGUAGCCAUCCAUCCUGUGUUGAUCCUUUGUAUAGUGAAUGUAUGCCAUUUUACCUACUGUGGAAUAAUCCUCACUUGUAUUUUUUAAGU